AUGUCGACACUCGUGCAAAUCAACUCACGCGAGCAAUUCAGCUCUCUUUUGAGCUCCUCCACCUUUGUUGUCGCCGACUUCUACGCAGAUUGGUGCGGACCAUGCAAAGCCAUCGCCCCAGCAUACGAGCAGCUAGCUUCGCAGCUCUCACGCCCGAACAAGAUCACCUUUACGAAGGUCAACGUUGACAAGAACCAAGACAUCGCAAGGCAGUAUGGGAUUACAGCAAUGCCCACCUUCGUCCUCUUCGAACGCGGCCGCCCAACCUCCACCGUCCGCGGCGCCAACGCCAAAGAGCUCAACGACCUAGUCCGCAAGCUCGCCACGGAAGCCGAAAAAGCGCCCGAGGGCAACGACGCCGGCUCCAGCAGCGGCGUAGGCUGGAUCGGCGCCCCGGCUCCCAAGAACUACAGCGACAUCUCAGACCAAUACGACCCGAAGGGCCUGGAGCUACUGAACCGGGCGAGCGAGUUCGGCACGGCCAAGACCCUCUUCGAUAGCUCGAAGCCAUCCUCCUUGAACAACGCCAAGGGCAAGGCCGGGGCGGCACCGGAUUGGGUGGAGAGUGAUACGGACGAGCAGCUGAUGCUGUUUAUCCCGUUCCAGUCUACGCUGAAGGUGCAUUCGUUGCAGAUUACGUCGCUUCCGCCAUCGGCGGACGAGGAGGUUGAGGAUGAGGACGAGCGGCCGAUGCGUCCUCGUACAGUGUCGUUGUAUACGAAUCGGUCGCAUGUGCUGGGAUUCGAUGAGGCAGAUGAUAUCCCUGCUGUGCAGACGGUUACGAUUCAGCCGGAGGAUUGGGAUCCGAAGACGGGUACGGCGAAGGUAGAUUUGCGGUUCGUCAAGUUCCAGAGCGUUACGUCGUUGGUGAUUUUCUUUGUGGAUGGAGAUGGGGAUAGUGAGAAGCUGCGGGUUGAUCGGGUGCGCAUUUUUGGAGAGGCAGGUGAGAAGAGAGAGAUGGGCAAGUUGGAGAAGAUUGGUGAUGAGCCGGAGAAACCAUCACUAUGCUCCUACAUGGACAGUAGACACAUUCACACUUAUAAUGACAUUCAUAUUCAAUACCAAUAA